ACAGUGCUUCAUCUAUACGGACCUUCACAGUCUCUGUCCCGGGACAUUGGUGUUGCCGGUGCUAUUCGCUGGAACAUUAAGUGCGACAAGGACGUUUAUAUAGGUUACCUAAGUAUAACCUACCGAAGAACUGUGGUCGGAAUUAUAAAUCAAUCGCGCGUAGUGUUUGAUUUCGCAUGCUCAAUUAGCAUUGUGGACAUUGUGAAGUGCACCUAGUGUAGCAUAUUCAUCUAUAUAAUCAUUAAAUUAAAAUACCAAAAGUACAAGGCGUUGCACAUAAAUACGUAUUAUAGCGGUUGGCGUUGACGCAGUUUCCGUCUCCUGCUGGUCGUGAGGCUUCGGAAUCGUUCGUUCAUGCACUUCGUGUUGCUUCGUGGACACUCGCCGCGCCGCAUCGUAGUCUCUCAUUGGCUAGCGGAACCAACUUCAAUACGUGUUUCCGAGUUUCGUCUGGCUACCUAGUUAUUAUUCCGAGUUUCGUGCAAGUUUCGUGUGCCAUCCAUUGCUCAGUGGUGCCAUCUGCACCAUAGACUAGAAUAAGCUGCUGCCGAAUCUGCGCCAUUUGUAUUUUAUUUUGUAACCUCGUUGUGUCGUGGGCGCAACAAGUAUUUUUUUGUAAAGUGAUUCGUGAUUAAUCACUACAAUUAUUACUAUUUAAUAGUUUUAUUAGUAAAAAGUUCAUAAUGGAACAAGACUUAAAAAGGCUGAUAGCUGCGAGAGGCCAGUUAAAAGGCACAAUUACAAGAUUGUAUAAUUUCAUUAGUAAUGAAACCGAGUUUAAUAAAGAUUCACAAAAUUGCGAGGAUUUCGAGCGCAUCGAAAAUCAAUACUUUGCAAUAAUGGCUGCCAUUAAUGAAAAAUUGACUCCUGGUACAAAUUGUGAGGUUGGUAAACCAUCUACCAGCAGCAGCAACCUGACUAAGUUGCCCAGGAUAGAAAUACCGAGGUUCAGCGGACAGGUGGGUGAUUAUCACAGUUUUAUCUCAUUAUUUAAAAGUGUAAUUGAUCAAGAUGGCCGUUUGUCACAAUGCGACAAAUUUUUCUAUUUAAAAUCAUUGCUCGAACAAGAUGCCGCUGAACUGGUGAAACACCUAAGCCUAUCUGAUGCUAAUUACUCACUAGCUUUAUCCUUGCUGGCUGAAAGAGCAACGUGCAACCAUUCUUGAGACCGUGGCUGAGGCUGGCCAUAGCCAUGCUCACCCUACCCGAGUAGUGAACAAGAGCCACGGAGCGAGCCUCGUGACCACCACAGGGAGUACCACCAGCUCCAGCACAAGAUGCUGCGACUUCUGUAAGUCUAAAUAUCACAAGUUGUAUCAAUGUCAAAAGUUUCAAUUAGCUUUGCCAACUGAACGUGUGCUGUUUAUUCAAAAUAAUAAGUUGUGUUCACUUUGCUUAAAUCAGCAUAACAAUAGAAAGUGUUUCUUUGCAUUCAAGUGUAGCAUAUGUAAGGAGCGUCAUAAUACGUUAUUACACGUAGAUAAUGUACCAGAAAUACCUAAGCAGGUAUCGGUAUCAAUGGGCCAAUAUGGCAAUAUAUUACUACCAACUAUUAAGGUAGGUUUAGUAGAUAAGCUUGGCAAUACGGUUUAUGCCAAGGCUUUAUGUGACUCAGGUAGUCAAAUAUCAUUCAUUUCAUCAGAUUUAGCUGAUCAAAUUAGUUGUGAAUUAAAAGAUGAGCAAACUAUAAUUAGUGGCAUAUGUCAAGGGAAAAACAAAACUGCAAAGAAGGCUAAGUUUACAAUAUAUUCUGAAAAUAAUGAUUACAGCUUAAAGCUAACAUGUUGCAUUGUUUCAAAAAUAACUUGCGAUUUACCACAAUUUGAUGUAGAUAUUGGUAGCUUAAACAUACCGACUCACAUCAAGUUAGCUGACAGGGAUUUCAAUAAAAGUGAACCAAUAUCAAUUUUAUUGGGUUGUGAUAUAUUUUUCAAAAUUCUUUUGCGUGAACAAUUGCCAAUAAUUCCUGGCGGGUUAUAUUUACAUGACACGCGUUUUGGUUAUGUUGUGGCAGGACAAUUACCGUUACAACGAAGCCCGGCCACCACGUCACAACAGAUAACAGCUGUUAGCAACUUUUGUAACCUUGACAAUGAAAUUAGGUCACGUGAGGUCGAUGACACUCUUACAUCUAUUGAUAGCUCACUCAAACAGCUGUGGCGGUGCGAGCAGGUGCCGCAGAUUUAUAAGGAGGCUUCAUCUGAGCAGGAACUAGCAGAAACAAUGUUUCAGGAGUCAGUCCAGCUAGAAGACUGUAAAUUUCAGGUAAAGCUACCUUUAAAGCAAGAGUUUAAUGAAGUCAGGCUGGGUAAUUCUUUAUCUCGAGCCUUACAGAGGUUCUAUAACUUAGAAAAAAGGUUUUUAAAGGAUCCGUUGCUUUUUCAGCAAUAUAAACAAUUUAUUGAUGAAUAUGUUUCGCUUGGGCAUGCGAAAUAUGUUGAUAUUGAAAGUUACAAUUUAGAAGAGGAUCCUGUAUAUUUUCUGUCUCAUCACCCUGUGAUUAAUGAAGGUAGUAAAACUACGCGGUUAAGGGUAGUUUUCGACGGUUCAAUGCAGACCGAUCGAAAAAUUUCAUUAAAUGACUUAAUGUUAAAUGGACCUUGUGUGCAAAACAGCUAG